CCCUGCGGUGGCAGGAGAUUUGAAGGUGGAGUAGCUAAAACUGCAAGGACAAUGUCUUCACAAACAAACCCUUCUGCUGGUUGCGUGACCACGCCUACAAGGAUUGGAGGAGUAAUUAAAUUCCUUUUGCGUAUAGUUUUUGCUCUUAGCCGCUAAACACGAGAGAUGGACUACAAAGAACAGGUCGAGCAGGUUGUAUCCACCGCGCAGUUCGGAGAUUUGAUCGAGUUCUCGUACCCCAUUGGCUACGCACACUGGGGCGUGUACGACGGAGAUGGAUACGUCAUUCACUUUGGGGUUGCAGAUGAGACUCAGGUGAUGAGUAAGUUUCGCAGUUGUCUGCAGACUAUCUUCCCUGUUUGUGGUGACCUUUUGCUUGGAGAAACUAAGAUACGGCGUCAGCUCCUGUCUGAAAUUAACGUACCAAAAGGAGCUCGUGUUUCAGUGAGCAAUAACAAGCAUGAGCUUGAGCCUUCGCCUGUGCAUGAGAUUAGAAUACGACGAGAUGCUUUACUGGGCAAAGAGUUCACUUACAAACUCCUCACGCAGAAUUGUGAGCACUUUGCCACAUUUGUCCGCUCUGGAAAAGCUAUAUGCAAUCAAAUUCCAGGGAAACCCAAAAACAAGGAAAGUGUGGAUGCUACAGAACUAUUUAGCUGCCUUGUGCCAUCAAGUUAACCUACUGAAUGCCAAGAACGACAAAUUAUCACAAGAAUAAUAUAUUAUGUUUGAAUAAAGAUAUUUCUCCCACACUUAUUUAACCAGUUAAGAAAUUCCCCUAAUCUUAGCAUAUGGUUUCCGUUUAAUUAUUUUUUGGGAUCCAAAUAACAACAUUCAAAGAACGUUCUCUGUAGCGUAUUUGUUGUAACCAAAAACGUGUGAUUUGCUACUUAUUAGUCAGCUGCAGAUGACUGUUUUCCCAGAAUAAUAAGUAUAUUUGCUAAAAUUGAAUUUCCUGUGUAGAAAAAAAGCCAUUUUGAUUUUACUGAAUUCAAAUCAGCUACAACGGGAAAGAAAUUAAACAGAAUUAUCAAGAUUCCUCACAGGGUUUAAGAUGAAUUCAAUUUAUUGUUUUAGUUUUUAUAUUAGUAACAAUGACACUGUGGUUACCAUGGUGAUUUUUCAUAGGUAAAGGGGCAAUGCAGUGUGUUUUUCAUCACUAAAAAAAAAUAAAUAAAUAAAUAUAUAUUCUAUACAAA